AUGGAACAUAUGUGCCAGCUGGUGGAAUUUAUAUACCACCAAACCCUCCAAGAGAAGCACCUGCACCAGGACUACCUAGAACAUUUACAUCGUCACAUGGACACAGACACAGGCAUGCACCAAAACCAACACAACAACCACCUCCACAACCAGCACAACAACCACCUCCACAACCAGCACAGCAACCAACAGUUCAAAACCCUGCACAACAACAACCACAACCAGCACAGCAACCAACAGUUCAAAACCCUGCACAACAACAACCACAAACAGAGCAAGGACAUAAAAGAAGUAGAGAACAAGGAAACCAAGAAUUCUUAA